GCGACGCCCCGACAACGGUUUAUAUCACGACGGCAAGCCUCGACCAUGCUCGCCAAGCUCGGCGCGCUCUGCCUCCUUAGCGCAGCCUACUUCCGCCCGGAAGCGUGUCUCUAUGGCAUCUCUCUUGUCGCCUCGGCGGCCUCGAUGGACGUCGGCGACGUCGCGGCCUCGCCCCACAGCGCGCUCUUCGUGCGCCUCGUCCUCACGUUGGUGGCGUUCACGACGGCAGUCGCCCGGACGCGGGCCAACUACCUCACGCUGCUGGCGCUGCUCGUGUGUCUCCAGACGUUCUGCCUCCAGCUGCACAUGCAGAACGAGACGUACGAGGCGCUGCCGCUGACCAAGCCGGCGCAGCUCAUCUUUUUCCAGAUUCUCGCGACCAUCACGUUUAGCCUCGUGCUCGCGGUCGGGUACUUUGCGCCGCUCCCGCUCUCGCAGCGCCAGCUCUACCGCAAGCGCCUCGUUGAGUUUUACAAGACGCACAACCCGGACAAGCUCGACGAGGUGGACACCAUUUUGCGCCGGUACCGCCACCACGAAGAGGUCCUCUUUACGCGGCUCAAGAAGAAGUACAUCUUGCACGACCCAAUCGACGCAAGCGACGAAGAGAGCGACGACGAGCACGAAACGUCGACGGACGACGAGCCAAAGACGUCGAUGGCCCAGUACGACAGCGAAGACGACGCGACCAACGAAGCCGACAAGGACGACGAGCCCAUGGCGCCGAGCACGCCACCGCCGUCGACGCCGCAAGCUCGUGCCGAUACCGCACCCCGUGUGCGCACAGCCAUGCAAGAGGUCCAAGCCGCCCAACAAGCACGCAUCGAAGAGCGCAUCCAGCGGCUCAAGAAGGCCAAGGCCUAGUUGCGUGCGUGCACAGCAGUCUCUCUCUCGUCACACGUCUUUUCCCCACUGUUUCUUGUCACAGCGGUGGGUGUCAUCGAUAUUUUUGACGUGGGCGCAUCACGUGCCCGCUAC